AUGGACCGUAUCUUCGCAACAUCCUUUCUCGAAUAAUUUAUUGUGUUCAUUAUAUAUACCUUCUUGUUUGUUUCUGAGUAUUGAAGGUCUUGUAGUUCUUUUAGAGAUAUUCUUUAAGAGAUCAUGCAUGGCUUUAUAGAUAAUAUAUUAUAAGAACUAAGAGCACCUCCAACCAUAAAAGUGCUAAUACUUAGCACUAAGGCUUUUAUUAAUAAAUUAUUAGUAUUUUUAAUUUAAAUUAGUUAUGUUUUUUAAAUUAAAUUUAUAAUGAACAACUGACCAAUGAUUGAUAAACAAGUGAGAUGCACUAUUUUUCAUUUGGUUCUUAAAAGUGUGUGUUUUAGAACUUCUCUAAUUUCUCUUUCUUAUUAUUCAUUUAUUUUUAUUUUUUUCUGUGUUAGAGAACCCAUCUAAAUACCUCCAAUGGAGGUGCUCUAAUAAAGAGCAGAGAUAAAAUUUGUCUCCCAUAUUACUGAUCGUAGAUUUCCUUAACAUUCAAACAGCUUCUGUUUGUAAUACAUGAUACAUUAUCUUACUUGUUUAUGCAUAUGUACCAUAAAGAAAUCAACAAAACGGAAUAUCUCCAACUAUAUGAUAUUUUGCAGUACCGAAUAAGAAUUAACCAACAUGAAACAUUAAUAUCAUAAGAUAUAAAACUAUAUGAUAUUUUCUAGAAUAUUAUUAUAUAUCUUGUUGAUCAUAUGAUCAUUCGUUUCUGUUCUAUAUAUACUGGAGUAAUGCUCAAAGUUUGUUUUUUUAGGUGUUUUCAACUCAUCUCCAUAAUUCUCUUCGAAUCACUUUUACAUAGAGAUGAAUUUUACUUUCAUUGUAAGUAUUUAAUAUUUAUCUAUUACAAAGAUAUACAUUAGAACAAAAUUAUAUCUAUGAUAACAUUUCUUAUUUUCUUAAAAAAAAUUUAGAAAUGUAUUGAGAUGGUCUAACAUCCUACGCAGUUGGUUAGUAAUGCUAAAAACUCAAUAAUCUUUAUACAACUAUGCAACAUUGCUAAAGAAUAAACUUUGAGUUAUAAACGAAAAAUAAAAUUAUUUUAAUUAUAUUUUAAUGUUAAUAAGUAUUUAAAUUGAUUAAUUUCAAAAAUAAAUCACAGAAAGAUUUUUAAAAUAUUUUGCUAGAAAGAAAUAUUCAUUUCUAUUUCAAGUUUAAAAAUAAAAAUCUAAAAUUAAAGAUUUAUUUGAUGUGUGUUUUUUUUUUAAUUUAGACAAUCAACUUGAAAUGCUUUUGUCAUGUAACAUUACAAUUUAUGUCACUCAUUUUUAACACCAACCUAGUUUCCUUAUUAAUGGUUAAAUUUGUAUUUACAGUGAAUGUAGCCUUAGUCAACUGUUAAAAUUAUUUCAAAACAAAAUUCCAAAAAAAUGUAGUCUUUAUCUUAUUUUCAGAAAUUUUAAUUUUAGAGAUAUAUUCAUGAAAAAUAAGUUAUAAAUAAGAUCUUUAGUUUUCAAAUAUGCUUGAUAUCUACUAAAAUAAAGAAACCACACCAAAUCUGAAUUACAAACUAACUAAAUACCUCUAAAUACGACCUUUACUAUGAAAUUAUUUUGCAAGUAUAAUAUAUCAUAGUUUUUUUUAAAAAAUAUUUUUCUCUUUUUAGCAUUAUCCCAAAAUAACUUAUCUGUUAUGUAGUUGCAAAUAAAUUAAAUCUAUAUUAAUAUAUAUAUAUAUAUAUAUAUAUAUAUAUAUAUAUAUAUAUAUAUAUAUAUAUAUAUAUGAAAUUUAGAAAUAAACAAAAAUUUAUGUAAAAUAGCAUUGUUACAUAAUAAGGUUUUCAAAAUAAAUUUUAUUACAAGAAUACAAAAUUUAUAAAAUGAUGAAAUUAAAUAAAAAUUAUAAAAUUGAUCUAUUCAGAAUAUAAACAUUUUGGUUUAGCCAUACGAUAUGUCAUUAAAAUAUUGAGCUACCUAAUUUUUACACCAAUAUAAAUAUCUGUAAUAAACUCAUGACAAAUAACAAAUACACAGUGAAAUGUAUUAGAUAUCAUAAACAUUGUAUAGAAAUAAUAUUAUAAGUCAGCUAAACAUAAGUAUGAUAGAGUUAGAUAAUACAUAACACUAAAUUAUUGAAAGUUUUUGUUGUAUAAACUAAAAUAUUUUAGUAUAGAAAAGGAUAAAAUCUAGUUAAUUAUUAAACUUAAUGUUAUAAUAAGAAUAUUGGACUAAGAUUUUUUGGAAGAUUCUCAUGGAUUUAGGAAAUUCAAAUAAUAAUAUAUAAUUAUUGUUAGAAUAUUAUUAGGUACAUACAACAGUAUAUUGACGGUCCAAUUUAAAAAACAUAUAUUAAAAAAUCACACCUGAAAAAGUUAUGAUUUUUAUUUUAAUAUGUAACUAAAUUUUAAUCCGCGUUUUCAAAGUGCGGGAUAAUAAUUCGGUGAAAACUUUAUAUAAGAGCAUUUUUUUCAUAACAUCUGUAACCCGAAAUCCAAACCGAACCUAAACCAAAACAUCUGAUUUGUACCUACAAUGAAAUGUAAGAAUAAAUCUCGUAGGAAGGAAAAAAACAUAUACAUACCCGAAAUAUUAUUAGCCAAACUCGAAGAAAUGCACCGAAGAGGUGGCCACCGAGAGGAUAAUUAUUGAACCUAUUUUCUUAAAAGUAUAGAUAGUUAUAUUAAAAUUUACAUGAAUACAUUUUGUGAAGAUAAGAUAAUUCAUUUACAUAACCUGCUCCAUAUUAAUUUUAUUUAUACUUUUAUACUAUUAAACCAGAAGUCAUGAUUUCUAUCAAUGUGUUAUUUUAAAAAAAAAAAAUAGAAGUUCCCUAAAAAAUCAUAUUUCAUUUAUUCCAAUUAACAUUUUAGCAUCAUUAAAAUAUCAUAUCUUAUAUAAUCAACACAUAUAACAACUUUACUUGUUUUAAUUUUAUUUUAAAUUAUUACAAAUUUGCUGAUAAAAAAUCUAACAAAAUCAUACUAAAUAUAUAAAUAUUUAUGGAGAAUUUUCUUGUUUACCACUUUCAUGGUGCCAUUAUUCAUCUUUACACCACUAAAAGUACAUUUUCAAAAAUACUUUUUUAUUAAGUGGCAAAAGACUUUUAUACUCUUGUUCUAUAUAUAAUAAAUCAUUACUUUUAGAAAAAAUUAUGUUUUCAAAUUAUACUUUUUCAAAUUCGAACUUUAUAUAAUUUUUUUGAAUUUUUUUUUUCGAAAUUGGUUUUUUUCAAAAUUUCUUUUAAAAAUCGAAAAUUAUGUUUGAAACCAUUUUUUAUUUUUUUUUUAUUUUUAAGUAUUUAUUUAUAUAUUUAUUAGAAUCCUAAAUUUCACAUUCCAAAAAAGUAGAGUAUGUUACAAACUCUGAUAUAUACAAAUAACAAUGAUUUUUAUUUACAUAUUACCCAUCAAAUAAAAGAGAAACAAACACAGCCACACGAGAAGAUACAAGAGACAAUCCCGACAGACACAAAGACGGCAACAACAUCGCCACCUGCUCACUCCUCUUGUCAUAUGAAAAUAGCUUACAUGUCCAAUGUCAACAUGCCAAUGCUAUUGUCUUCUUAUAAGAAAUACAUAAAUUCGUUUAAAACCCAUUAAGCUCAAAUACUCAGAAUUGUCACUCAUUUUAUAGUUAUUUCUACAAGUCUUCAUGUAUUUGUUUUAAAGGUCUGGUAAAAGAAUAAGUUUAAAAAAAAAAAUAUAACAAACAUAAUAAGGAUAAUAAAAAUUAUUACUUAAUACACAAAGUUUACACAACUAAACUGGAGAAAAAAUAUCCAGAAACAAAAUAUACUCUCAACAAUCUUAAUAUAAUUUAUGUACUCUCGAACAGUACAAGAAACAAAUUUUAAAAGACAAACAAUAAGUCUCAGUGACACAACAAGCAACACCACGAACUAUAUCAAUCUCAUUACUGACACAGUUUAGUCAUUCAUUAGUGGAGAACAAUGAAUACACAGUUCAUCAUCACAACUCUAACUCUAUAACUAUAAAAAAAACUUAAAAAACAAUGAUCAACCUAAAAUGCAAAAUUCACAACUAUCAUAACCCUAGCAAAUAUUGAGAUGAAACAAGAACUUUGUCCACAACAUCGCGCUUGCGUGGAGCAGUGCCCCUAGUUGAAUAAAUAUAAUAGUCCAAGCUAGACUAAGUGUUUUUGUUUUAAUACUAUUGAUAUUUAUUUUAAGGACCUUAUCUUAUAUUAUACCAGAAUUAUGUUGCCUAUUAUAUUGGUUAAUUCAUGUUAUCACAACCAUGUGAAAGUGUUUUUGAUUCGAAACUCAAGUUCAUUGGAAGCCUUUUCUUUUUCUUUUUCGCGAGGCCCAAUUUGAUCAAACAAUAAGAUGAUGAGAUUAAAGUGAAAUCCGAAUAUCUAAUAUGCCAAAAAAAAAAAAAUCUUGAGGGAACAAAAAGAUUGCAUCCAUAACUAAAUAGGGUUUCUUAUACUACUUAGUUAAAAAGUGUCUACCAUCGGAUUAGUUCAUUUUGUUGUCGUGUAGUUUCAGUCUUUUCUUUUCUGGCUUUGGUUUAGUUUGAUAGCUUUGUUGCUUAGGGCUUCAUGGUGAAAUUGAGAAAGCUAGGGUUUUUCUAAAUUCUAAUGGACAGGAUCAGUUUCUUGCCCGAUGAUUUCCUUUUGCAGAUACUUUCACUGCUUCCUACAAAAGAUGUCUUGACCACAAGUGUUUUGUCUAAACGAUGGCAAUAUCUUUGGAAGUUGGUUCAUAAACUCGAGUACACCUAUUGCGACAGGAACGCUGACCAUGGGAGAUUUGUGAGUUUUGUGGACAGAUCUUUGCUGUUAAGCACAGCUCCUGUCUUAGAGAGUUUGCAGUUCAAUAUCCGUAGGAAAUGCAGCGACAUAGAUAUCGGGUUUUGGAUUAGAACUGCAGUGAAACGAGGUUUGCGUGAACUCAGUUUCGACUAUUGGCCUCAUAAUACUAUCAAUGAGCCUAGCAAAUUGCCUCAGAGUUUGUUUACUUGUGGAACACUCGUGGUACUUAAACUCACCGAUGUAUCGCUUGUGGAUGUCACGUUCCCGGUUUGUUUUCAGCUCCUCAAGACAUUGCAACUUAGUUGUGUGAUUUACAUAGACGACGAAACUCCUCAAAAGCUUUUAUCAAGCUGCAAAAUUCUUCAAGAGUUGGACGUGAACCGAGUAAAGAAUGACAAUGUGACAAUAUUUUCUAUAAAUGUGCCUUCGUUACAAAAGCUAAUCUUCGAUGGAAAAUGGGGUACUCAUGACGGCAUUUCUGAGUUUGUGAUGAAUGCUCCUUCUUUGAAGUUCCUAGAGAUCAAUGAUUGCAGUAACGGAUGUAUGGUCGAGAAAAUGCCGGAGCUCGUGGAUGCAAAUCUUGAAGCUAUCUAUUGGAAUACCGACAAUAUACUCAGUUCUUUCACAUCAGUUAAACGUCUCUCGUUAUGUUUAGGCGAACAGUCUCCUUUUCCUACUGGUGAGAUCUUCCACCAGCUUGUGGACUUGGAGUUUUGCACAUGUGAAACGGAAUGGGAUUUACUUAUGUAUUUUCUCAAACAUUCUCCGAAACUUCGAGCUCUCAGACUCAACGAGGUAAAGAAACUUUACCCUUACAACUUUGUGAGAUCUGGUGGUAUUUUUGGAGCACGAAUAGAUCAUUGGGAUGAGCCAAGUUCUAUUCCUGAAUCGUUGAUGUUCAGUCUUGAAACUUUCGAGUGGACAACUUACAGAGGAUGGCAGGUAGAGAAAGAACUCGCAACGUUUCUCUUGAAACAUUCAAGGCGUCUAAAGACAGCGACUAUCUCACCAAAACCCACCAGUUUGGAGAAUAAACAUCGAAUCCUCACGGAGUUGGCACUUUUGUCUAGAGGUUCGACGACAUGCCAGCUUGUGUUUGGAUGAAAGUCUGAAACCAUCUCAUUUUAAAAGCAGUUUGUUUGCAUCUCUUAAACCAUUUGCUCUGUUUAUCUCAUUUCUCUUCUCUAUAUUUUAUAGUUAGAAUGAUUAGUCGACAUUCACUGAGUUUUUUUUGAAGUUUUUUUUUCUUCUUUUUGACUUGACAUAGAUAUAGUUGCACCAAUAAUACAACAGUCAAAAUGUCCAAGUGCUUAAGGACACGGAUUUGAAAUUUGUUGGGCUUCGCCCGCGCAGGUUUGAACCCUGCUUUGAUGAAAGUUUUUCUCGACAAGCCAAACAAUGGGGACGGAAAGGAUACUUGAAAGCAAUGACUGUAUGUAUUGUUUCUAAAAGAAUGUCAUGACCACUGCACAUGUUAUCUCAGUUUUGAUUUACUAAUUCGUAGUUGACUAACUCUUGAAUUAGUAAUGCAAUUAUUGUAAAAAUGUUUUGAAUCGAAUAAAUUUAACAUUUUAAAAAAUACGCAAUCUGCUCAUCUAUUGACGAGAGGGGAUUAAACUGAAUAGCUGAAGCAUCAAAAGUCGUGGCCAAUGAAAGGAUAUCUUGGUUAUAAGGUUGUAGCCGAGAGUUUCAUGGACAAUUGCCGUUUCUUUCCUGGUGAUUUCUUCCUGCGGAUACUUUCACAUUUCCUUACAAUCUUCACCACAAGUGUUUUGUCAAAAGGAUGGCGGAAUCUAUCGAAGUUAGUUAGUGUCUAACAUUGAGUACAUCGACUGUGAUAAGAAUGCUGAUCAUGGACGCUUUGUGCGGUUUGCUGACAGAUCUUUGCCAUUAAGCACAAUACUUGUGUUAAAAGAGUUUGCAUUUCAAGUUUGGUAGGCAAUGCAGCGAGAAAUGUACUCUUUUUUGGGGAUAAUAUUUGUAGUGGAAUGAGGUUUUCGUGGCUAAAUUUCAAUUAUGUUGAUCAUGACUUGAUGAGCCUAGCCGAUUGCCUCCAGGGGCGGACCCACUAAAGCCCAAAGGAGGUCACUUGACACUCUAAAAUAAUCAAAUAAAUCAAAUAGUAUACGAUUUUCUAAAGAAUCUGUGGCACUAAUGGUUGUUUUCUAAUCAAAUAGUAUAAUUUUUUUAUUUUUGAAAAUUAUAUAUAUAAAUAUAUACGAUUCCGGUAAAAUAAAUUUUUGAAUCCGCCACUAAUGUCUCAAAGCUUGUUUACUUAAUGAAAUUUUCGUUGUAUUUAAAUUACCGAGUGUGUCUAGGGUUAGGCACGGAUCAGAUAUCCGGAUUUUUAAGGUAUUUGUGAUUUGCUUUGUAUGUUACAGAUAUCUAAUUUUUUUAUUUGUUUUGCUUUGGAAAAAUACGGAUAUCAAAAUAAUAAAUAGAUAUUUGUAGAUAUUUACUAAUACUUACGGAUAUCUCAUCCGUUUAGACUAAUGCAAAUAAUCUUAAAAGUUUGAUACAAAAUUGUUUUGUAAAAUAUAUUUUUUGCAUGAUAUAUAAUAUAAAAAAUUAAAAAAGUAGUGAAUCUACAUAUUUUGUAAAAAAUUUAAAUUUAGUUAACAAUUAUAAUAACACAAAAUUUAAGAAAAAAAUUAUAAUUGUCAUAAAUCUUUUCUCUUCUUUUUAUGUAAUAAUUUUAUAUCAUACUUUUAUAUAAGUAAUUAUGUGAAUAUAAUUUAUCAAAUCAUAUGUUAGAAUAAUAAUUUUAUAUUUUUUUACAUUUAAAACUUUAAAUAUAAUCAAGUUAUACAUGUAUUUAUAUAUUGUCAGAGCGGAUAUCCGUUUUUCAAAAUUUUAAUAUUUGUGAUUUGCUUCGAUUUUAACGAAUAUUGAUUUUUAGUAUUUGGUUUAUUUCGAAAGUUUACAGAUAUCUGAAAUUUUCGGAUCGAAUCGAAACGAAUACCGAAUUGAAUCAAAUUUAACGGAUAAAUAUCCAGUCCUAAUCAAUUGUGGAUGUUAACUUCCCGGUUAGUUUUCAGCUCCUCAAAACAUUGGAUCUUAGUUGGAAGUAAAAUGCUUUCCUACCAAAGUUCAUUCGUUACAAAAGUUAAUAUAUGAUGAUAUGUCACUCAUGAUAUGUGGACUGAGUUUGUAAAGAAUGUUUCUUUAGAGCAUCAUUUAAUUAGUGAUGAGUUUUUCACCCAACAUUUAAUGAUAAAACUAAAGAAAUCAGAAAAGUAAGAAAGAGAAACAGAGUAAAUUGAAAAAGUAAAAGAAACGCUCGUCGUGAGAGAAAGAAACGCUUCUGAAAUGGAAAGAGAAUCUGAAGCCAGCUAUUAAUAAUUGUUUUUAUUUGAUAUUUAAUUAUAUAAUAUACUUAUUAUAGUAUGUUAUUAUAUACAGAGAGAUACCACGUAAAAUAGUGCUCUAACUAUCAAGGAUUAAAUUUAAAUCUAAAUCAAUUCAUAAAAAAAAAUUGAAAUCAAAGAUUCAUUGAAGUUUGAACUUGAACCAGAUCGGAUGAUUUUCAAGUUUUACUGGACUAAUUUUUAGUUGAUGGUUAUCUUGAUAAAAAAGAUGAAAUAUGUAUCCGUUAAGUUCCAGAUUUUUCAGAAUCAUAUUGGUAUCAAAAAUAUAUGUUAUUUCUCUAUUUAUUGAGGAUCUAUAGAACUAAAAGAGGGACCACACACAUCGUUAGAAUGUUUCAGCGAUGACAUCAUGUGUUCCGCAUCAAUGUUGCAAAAACAGUUCUUUGGGCGGCAAAAGUGAUUGUCGUACAGUCACGUAGGUCCGACGUAAUAGCGAUGUUCCACCAUAUAUUUAAUAUUUUUUCGCAAGCGUUUCGUUUCCGUAAACAAACACGAAACCAAAAUCAUUUCCAAAACACCAGCCCAUCCAAAAAUUACUUAGAUAAAUGUCUGGACGGACUGAGGCUGUCGAAACAAUUUUUGUUCGUUUCUUUACAGUUUUGAUUUUAUAAUUUAUUGACUUUAAUUUCAUUUUAUUCUAGUUUACAUGUGAUAAACUAAACCUUGUAAGUGUUUCAAAAAAAAAGAAAAAAAAACUAAACCUUGUAAUUAAUGCGAGGUCUGUAAAAGAUGUAAUAUCGAAAAGAAAAAAACAAGGCCUCAGAGAUCUUGGUGGUACAGAAUCAUCAAUUGAAUUUCUUCAUCAAGAAGUAGCAAAUAUAUUUAUAACAUCACUGGCCAAAAUCCAAAAAAAAGAAAGAUUGAUGAUGGAGUCAAAAGUAGCUGAUAAUGAUCACAUUUUUUAUCAUUGGGAAUCCGAGUGAUUUGUUCCAUCAUAUAAACAAUUAACAAGUUUUAAAAGAUAUUAAUAAUCGAAAAAAUAGAAAAGGACGAAUUAUAAAAAACGAUUGGGAGAGUGGUAGAUGUAUCUGCGUACUCAACGAAGAUUCUUUACAAAAGAAAACAAAGAAUCUUGGGAGGUUAAGAUGCAGAGAAAGCUUAUGAAGGUGUACGUAAGCAUGCAGGAUACAAAAUAAUCCAUAAUCUCUUUAGACUAACGAUAGAUUCCUUGAUCCAUUCACAUGAGUAAAGUAAUUGCAAACCAAAAAAAAAAUGCAAAUUAGACUCUUCUUUCCAAACCAAAUUACGAAGAAGGUGAAGAAAACAAGAAAAGAUUUUUUUAAAAAAAACCAUAAAACACAUGCGCCGAAUAAGAAACAAUUUCUAUUUUAUAUGACAGAGCAGAGCAGAGAAGUUGAGUAUAUAUAUAUGCAGUGAUGAAGAUAUUAUGAGAUGCCUUGGAGCAUGUCACGUUUCUCUUCAUAAGUUUUUCUUCAGUUAAUUUAUAAAAUAAAGGUAAAAGUAGGUGAGAGAAGGAAAAGUAAGAGGAGGGAUAGAAAAUCGAAUGUUCGCAGAGGUUACUCAACUGAAAGGUGUUCGGUCUUGGGCUGUUAUAUUUAAAUGUUAAUUAAAAAUGUAAAUUAUAUAAAUAUAUACAGCGAAGAAACUUCUGUGAGAGAUGACACCACUGCUGAUGCUAACCAGUAAAACAUACUGUUAUAAGCCCAUUAUUAAUAAGCCCGUAAAUCAGGAGAUGGUUGGUAGGCUAGACGGAUCCAACGGCGUUCUACAAAACAACUGCAACAAAAAAUAAUAAUGGCCCAUGCAGGUUUCGAAGACCUUGGCAUGUUCGAAAUGUAGAGUCGAAAACUGCAUCGUAUUGCCAAACUUCUUCUAUCUCACUUGAUUGUUCUUCCCCCGUGGCCAAAUCUGUUUCAAUCUCAAAAAAAAUGAAAGUAGUAGCAUAUUCCUGUGUCUCCACUUCUUCUUACCUAUCCAUUAUUCUUCUACAUCAAGAUCUUCUCCAUCGAACGAUCCGUUUCUCCUCAACAUUAGCAUACUCUGCUAAAUUCAGCGCCGGCUCAACACUUUUAGAAAUCCUAGGGCAAGAAAUUUUUUUUUACCUUCUAAAAUUUAUAUACAGAUAAUAUUUAAAAUAUUUUUUAAAUUUAAUCAGUAAUAUUUUGUUUAUUUUGUAAUGAAAAUAAAACUGUAUACAUAUCAAAUAAUUUUGGACACCUUUCAAUUUUAUUUAUUAUAUUUAUAAUUUUUUUAUAUAUAAAAAUAUAAAUUUAUAAAAAAUUAGGCCUUUUAAUUAGUAUUAUACGGGAGACACAGGUUUGGGCCCGGGACCGUCGAACCGCUUGUCCUCCCCAAUGAGCCGGCCCUGCUGCUAAUUAGACUAGAUCUUCCCCAGUAUUACACCGAUAUGGUUCUCUCUGCUAAUUAAUCGUCCAGAAUAAUACAGCGAUAUAGUCUUCACAUUGAUGAUGUUUCUCGUUUGGUUUGUUUCGUUACCGUUGGAUAUGUAUAUGCUGACAUACACUAAGGAUGGAACAAUUAUGUUUCACUAGAGUUCGCAAUUGUGCAGACGAAACUGACGAGCAAAUUGUGUAGAAGACAUAUGAUAUACAUCAUCUGCUGACUAUGGUACAUAAGCUUGUCCGAAAGGAAAGUUCAAAUGUCGGAAAACAGGACAUUCUACUUCAGUUUUGUUUUCUUCCAGAGUGUAUCUGUGGUAUGCUACUCAUUCUCCCGAAGAAAGUAACCCAAAAAAAGUAACCCGUAAAUUUUUUUUUUUUGUCAAACCCGUAAACUUUUAUUUAUUUAUAGUUUAUGCUUAUUUUGACUACCAAGUAAAACAAAAAAAUCAAAUCAGGCAUCUAUUCCAGACGUGCUAUUUAUUUUGUACGAAUAGAUAGUUGCUGUCCAAUCUUCUUCAACCUCCUGGCACUCGCAUAUUGUUAGUUGACGCAUACAAAAAAAAGAACAUAAAAUUGUUCCAGAAACCUUCAACCAAUCUCAACAAAAGAAUAGAAAAAAACAAGUAAUUGAAGGUCUUGACAUACUGGUGUUACAAGUACAAUUUUUGUUCCAUUUUUCUUCUCAAACUUAUACUUAAUGAUUUGUAAGACAUAAACAUAUUCACCACAAACCGCUAAAUCAUCUCAUAAUCAUAAAUAACCAUUGUAAAUGUGAUGUCUACUAAUCUAUAAUGAGACAAAUCAUUAUUGGAGAUCGGGACACGAUAAAAAGAGGCCUCAGAGAUCUUGGUGGUUAAAGAAUCAUCAAAUGAAUUUCUUCAUCAAGAGUAGCAAAUAUUUUGAUUGCAUCACUGGCCAAAUCCAAAAAAACAAAUUAUAAAAGUUAAAAAUUAAAAACAAAUCAAAAAGAAUUGAUUGAUGAUGGAUGAGUCAAAAGUAGCUGGUAAAUAAUCACAUUUUUAUUCAUUGGGAAUCCGAAUGAUUUUUUUCAUCACCCUCACCAUCAUCAAAUAUUUAACGUUACUAAUAAUCAAAGAAUAAUAAAAAUUCAACAGGGGAUAUUGAUAGAUGUAUCUGCGUAUUCACCAAAGAUCCUUUGUAAGAGAAACAAAGAAGCUUCGGAUAAUAAGAGGCAGAGCAAGCUUACGGAGGUACGUAAGCUUACAGGAUAGAGAAACGUAUCCAACAUCUAUUUAGCCUAACGAUAGAUUCCUUGACCCAUUCACAUGAAUCAAGUAAUUGCAAAUUAGGCUUUUUCCUUCUAAAUUAGAUUUAAGAAAACGAAAAAAGACGAUUUUUGUAUAAUAAAAAAAAAUCGAAAAUAGAUGCGCCGUAGAAGAAACAAUUUGAUUGAAUAUGUGACAGAGCAAAGAAGAUGAGUAUAUAUAUACAGUGGUGAAGAGGUAAAGACUUCAUAAACCCUAGAAGCGACUUAAUUGUUAGGUCUGGGCUUAUCUGUUAUAUGAGCCCAUGACUUAUACCUUUGUAUCACCAUGAUCCGACGACGUUUUAAUAAGGAAUGCAACAACAAAAAAAAUUGGCCCAUGCAGGUUUCGAACCUGCGACCUUCGCGUUAUUAGCACGACGCUCUAACCAACUGAGCUAAUGGGCCAAUUUGUUUGGAAAUAAUUAUACAGGUUUGUAAACUGCGAGUGUCUAGUGAAACUGCACCCAAACCUCUCCAGGUACGUCAGCUUGUCCGAAUGGAAAAUUCUAUUUUCGCAGGCCAAUCUCCUUUUAGUUUUGUUUUCUUCUAGAGUCAAUGAUGGUAUCUGUGGUAUGUAGCUAUGUUCUUUCCAAUGCUACACGGAAGAAGAAAACGUUGAACGAUUCCAAUGGUUUGCUCAGAUUGCUGUGAUGGGAGUGAUGAGUAUGAUGGUAAUGUGACAUGCUGGGAAAGCUGCUCGUGACAAUCUAAAGCAGAAAAAAAAAAUCGAAAAUAUAAUCAAGGGCUUGUGAUAAGGCAAAAGUGGGCUUGGUGAAAGAUAGAAGCAGAACUGAAGAAGCUGAGGAAUUUUUGAAAGGACUUGGUCCAACAGCUGAAAGGUUUGCUCUCAAUCUCUCUUUUAAUGAUGCUAAUGGCAUGAGAGUUAGAGAUUUUAUUUUUCAUCUCACAGAAACUUAUAUGGACAUAUGCUAGAGUGUAUUUAGAUUUUUAUUGGAAGGUGAAAGCAGAACCCUGUAUAUAAGUCUAGUUAGAUGCCUGAUAAUUCCUUGGCUAUCUUGAAUUCUGAUAUAUGGUGUUUUAUACAUCUUGUAUAUAUGCUUUUAAAUUGGUUUUCAAGUCUUUAUCGAGUCUUCCUAGUCCUUUUCGAGUCAUUACAGGUCUGGAGUUGCAUUGGAUGGGAGAUGAACCAGCUGGAACAAAAGAGGCAGAAAACAGUGCAAUUUGGUGAUUUUCACGCAGAACAGUCUUGAUGACUGUUCCGGAUAGCAGAGCAACCCGAGUGACUGUUCCGAGGGAGUGUUCCAGCGGCAGAGAUUUUUAAGGAAACAACAACCUAUUUCGGGAUUUGCCCUAAUCUCUCUAUUUUCUCUCCCAGCCGCCUGUGGUUUUGAUAUAUCUUCUUUUUCUGUUUUUCCUGAUUAUUCUACGCUGUUUUUGGGAGAAGAAACCAGACCUUAGAGUUGGAGACUUGUGAUUUGAUACUUUGUAAAGGGAGAAGGCUCCAUCUCUCUCACCAUAGAGAAGAACCCCCUGAACCCUUAUUCUAUUUUAUCUACACAUGUUUUAUUCA